UCAUCCCUUACUCUUUGGCUGCAUCCUGCAGGAAUUGCCCUACCAAUGGCAGGAGAAGACUGGGGAUUAGCUUGUCAGAUUAAAGUGGCCGUCUCCAAACCCGGACUAAUCCUGCCAUCUGUCAGAGAGCAGCUAACAGCCAAGACACUCUCCACUGGGCUAAUUAGAAAGCCACAAGGACACAACACCAGGGAAAGAAAAUAACUUUUUCUGUCUGGAGUGCUGACAAUGGAGGAAACGUAUCUGCUCAAGCACCCAGGAGUGAAGAAGAAGAUCCUGGCAGGAGGAACUGGACCCCUCCCACAUUUCCCACCUGGCACCAAGUUGGUGUUUCACUUCCAAACGCUUCUGGACAACUUUGAACGCACCAUUAUAGAUGACAGCCGGUGUGCAGGCAGACCAGCUGAAAUCUUUGUUGGGAAGAUGUUUAAACUGGAGGUGUGGGAGACACUGCUGACAUCAAUGAGAAUUGGAGAAGUGGCUGAGUUCUGGUGCGAUGCCAUACACACAGGGUUGUACCCCAUUGUGUCUAAGGGUAUGCGGUUGAUCGCUCAAGGCAAAGACCCCCUGGAGGGCCAGCGGCACAUGUGUGGCAUGGGGAACCUCUUCCACUACCACUCCACAGGAUACCCAGAGCUGGAUGAGCUGAUGAGGACGCCCCAGCCUCUCAUUUUCAUCAUGGAGCUGCUACAGGUGGGAGACCCCAUGUCUUACCACAGGGAGUCCUGGAUGAUGGAGAAGGAUGAGAAGCUCCAGACUGUACCCAUCUUACACAUGCAGGGCAAUGCACUUGUCAAACAAAGAAAGUUUAGAGAGGCCGCCAGCAAAUACAAGGAGGCUGUGCUGCUGCUCAAAACUGUCCAGUCCAGAGAGAUGCCUGGUGAUAUCGACUACAUAAAUCUGGGCCGCAUGAUCAUCCCUCUGGAGCUGAACUACUGCCAGUGCAUGCUGGAGCUGGAGGAGUAUUAUGAAGUCAUCGAGCACACCACUGAACUGCUGGAGAAACACAAAGAUUGUGUGAAAGGUUAUUACAAAAGGGCAAAAGCACAUGCCGCAGUGUGGAACGAGAAGGAGGCGAGGAGAGACUUCAACAUGGUCGCACAACUGGAUGUCACCCUGAACUCACUGGUGCACCGAGAGCUGAGGAGCCUGUCUGAACGCAUGAAAGAAAAGUACUGGGAGGAGAAGGAGCAGUACUGGAAUAAGCUGGAGAACAAGGAGGAGAAAAACGACGAUGAAGAAACUGUGGAAACGGCCAGUGAGGAAGUUUGUGAAAAUAAAGCAGGUGAUGAAGAGGAGGAGCAGCUGUCUCAGAUGACUUUGACUGAGGGCAAAGACUGGCAGCAGAUGCUCCGACUGGUCAUGCUGCUUCAGAAGGAGGGCAACUUCCUGAUAACACAGGGAAAAUUUAAAGAGGCGUCUGAGAAGUUUAAAGAGGCCAUAGAAUACGUGGACCACCUGCAAAACACACAGGUGGACCGGAAGGGAGACGACUGGGAUUCCCUGGAGAAAGUGCGCCUUCCCCUGGGCCUCAACCUCAGCCAGUGCCUAUUAGAACUGAAGCAGCACCAGCAAGUCGUGGAGCUCAACAACAAGUUACUCAAGAAACACAAAGGUAACUUUAAAGCAAUCUACCAGCGGGCACGGGCACACGCUGCCUUGUGCAAUGAGGAUGAAGCGAGGAAGGAUUUCGCCAUGGUGGAGAAAUUGGACCCCAACUUCAGACCGAUUGUUCGCCAGGAGCUGAAAAAGCUAGGCGAGAAUGUACGCAUCAUGCAUUCAAGCCAGAACAAGAACUACUGGGAGACGACACAGGAAAAAUGGGGGCCAGAUAGGAGCAAGGCGAAAGCUGCUCAACCGAAAAAGAAUGUCAAAUUUGCACAAGAGGAGACCAAAGAAGAUCAAAUGGUACUUCCAGAUGAGAAAAGAGAGGCUUGUGAUGAGUGUGGGGGAGAGUUAGAUAAUACAAGGAAUGUUGUGGAGGAAGCAGCGACUAAUCGAGACACGGAUAAAGAUAGUGAUCCGAUGCCCAUCAGCGAAGCAGGCGAUAGUAGGCGGAGCAGCGGAGCAGGGGGCGAUAACGCUACAGAGAAAGGCCAGUGUCCAUCACAUGACGCACCAGAACCAGAGAGAGUCACAAAGCCAAACAAAGAAAGCGUCGAUCAGACAGGAGAUGGAAGUGCUCUAGAGAUGAACCAGGGGGAGGGAGCAGAGGCUGGGACCAAUGAGGAGGAGCAUUGA